AUGGUCCCGAAGUACCAGCCAUCAGUUUUGGAGCAAUGGGCUUAUCAUAAAGAACGGUUCAAAGUCUUGGAUCGUGUUAUCGAACUUGAAAGUACUUAUAUUGACAGUUCGGAUAUCUACGAUGAUAAUGAAGAUUUAUUGGGAAAAUAUUUCAAGAAAUAUCCACAGCAACGGUAUAAGGUAUAUCUUGCAACGAAAUUCGGUGGUGUAUAUUCGCCAGAAAUGAAAACUUUUUCGAUUCGUGGUGAUAAACAAUAUGUUCACGAAGCUUGUGCGAAAAGUUUAUCACGACUCGGUCUCGAUACAAUUGAUCUUUAUUACGUUCAUCGCAUUGAUAAAACUGUUCCAAUUGAAGAAACAAUGGAAGCACUGAAAGAACUUGUGCAUCAAGGAAAAAUCAAAUAUAUUGGCUUAUCGGAAUGUUCAUGCGAGACACUGCGACGCGCAUAUGCUGUUCAUCCAGUUGCCUGUGUCCAGAUUGAAUAUUCACCAUUCAGUUUAGAUAUCGAAAGAGAUGAAAUUGGCCUUUUGAAAACAUGUCGAGAACUUGGCGUAACUAUUGUUUGCUAUUCUCCAUUAGGCCGCGGAAUGUUAACUGGACAAAUCAAAAGUCCCGAUGAUUUUGCAGCAGAUGAUUUCCGACGGAUCUUACCACGUAGCGAUUGCAAAGAAGGUUGCACAUCAGGUCAAUUAACAUUAGCAUGGAUUCUUGCGCAGGGAGAAGAUUUUAUCGUCAUCCCGGGUGCAAGCAAAAUCAAAAAUUUGGAAGAGAACGUCGCAGCUGUUCGAGUUCAAUUGAACAAAGCAGAACUCGCCGAAAUCCGAGAAGCUUGCAAAAAAGCCGAUGUGAUUGGGGACCGUUAUCCGGCAUUCGCCAUGGACUCUCUCUUUAGUGACUCGGCUCCGAAAAAGAAUUGA